UGCCGCUCUAUUUUCGGGCACAACAAAUGGCAAGGGAAGUUAUUAGCUUUCUGUUGGUUUACCCCUCUUCCUGGUUACGCCAGGAAAGUCAGAGCCGCCCUUCCAGAACGACGUGCUGUUCCUGUUGACCACACAUGCCUGCUGCCCUGUGCUAGCCCGGGUGACGUUCAUAAUCAACGCUGCGCGGUGGGAGUGGUGCAAAAAAGUCAUUCGCAGCGACGCGACCAAAUCAGAAACUUGAGAGAAAGUUUCUCUAGUCUUGUUCACCGCUAUUCGGCUUGUGUGCGCGCACAUGUGGAUUACAGUAGCCAAGAACCCAAUAAGACCACAACUCCGACCUGUGAUUUUGAACUGUGGACUUGUUUGAAGACCCUCUUCUAAAAAACAGAGGCACCAGCCAGCAUCACCCUCACACCAGCACCUCUGUGCCUGGAGAACACACUCUUUUGAGCUUCAUAUACAGAAACUCACACACUCACACACACUCACACGCACUGAGCCUCUCUCUCAUUCUCUGAAGACCUCAGUGUGUUACCCGCAACAGAGAUGGCCAAGCGGUGUGCUCAACUGUUCCUGCUGCUUCUCUGGGCUGCUAUGGCAACUGCAGAUCCCAGCGCUGCCUGCAGCCUUCAGGACGUGCCAGGUGAUUCCAACAGCUGGAUCACCGUGGAGCGCCUGACCCCAGGGUGUUCCACCGACUUUGUGUUCCACAAUGGCACCCAUGAUUACGAGAUCCACAUCCUCCGGCUGGAGUUCUCGGACAACGACCAGGAACACAUCCUUUUCCAGAUGAAUCUGCCAUCCGAUCUGAAGCCCUCGAUAUUGCUCAUCAGCACCAGCAACAUCACAGCAAAUGUAUAUCCCAACAUCGGGAACAUAGGGAACACGGGUCACACCAUACUUGUUCCAAAGAGUGUACGUUUUCAAGUGAUGUCAGCUCAGUCGACAUCGGAGGACUUCCCCCUGGGGACAGAGGAGCUCCUGCUGUGGGCCACUAAGAAGUUUGGGGGUGUGACGUCCUUCAGCACGAUUGAGGACCCAAAGACCUUCACCUUCAUCCGCAGGCCUGCCUCUGCUGUCAAUUGCACGUUGGAACACACCAAGAUGUUCCGCCAGGAAGAUCCCCAGCCACCUUUGUCGUCGGUGAAGUCGUGCAAACCAGCCUCACCCGACCAGGAGGAGCAACUGCACAUUGUCAACAUCCCGGACACCUCAGACAUCAGCUUCGUGAUUGUGCGUGUGGCCACACCGAACCUUCUCCGGUUGGUCCUAAGGGGUCGCAAUGACACUGUGUGGGAGAUUCCAGACCAUCUUCUCUCACAUGCCCCCCCAGUGAGCAACGGCCUGAUGAAGGUGGCCAUGUUUACGAUCACGUUCCCAAGCAUGCCAAACUCGAUGACGAUGAGGGACAACGCCAGGGAUCUGCAGCUGGAGUCCAUGAGCCAAUUCAAAACCGACUCUUUCUCCAGCUACUCAGAGAUCCACACCAAAGGCUCAACCAUCCAGAUUCUCAUAGGGGAGGAGGUCAGCGUCGUGCCAGAAGCAGAUGUGGUGGACGUGGAACCAACACCCGUGCUGGAGCCUGAUUCGACGACCUACUCCGAGGCAUCAGCAACGAUCCCCCUGCAGAUUGACCUGUACCCCUCGCCGGAGUACAGGAACGCCCUGAGUCCCAACACUCCACUGAAGACGGACAAGCGGACUUACGCAGAGAUCGUGGGUGAGAUGGCAGGCGGUGUGCACAUCCCCUCCAGAGUGACAGAGUGUGCGCUGCACUCCCGGGACGUGCCGGGUCUGAGCCGGGAGCUGCCCUUCCGGCCCGAGCCGUGUCCCCCCGCCGGCUGCCUGCACCGCACGCGCAUCAGCUUCUCCCUGGAGCCGGUGCACGACCUGGCCUCCAGCAGCUGGGAGCUGGACUGUGACAUACACUUCUGCACAAGCGCUAAGGAAUGCUUCCCAGGAGGAACGAGAGCAAAGAGAAACCUUGAAGUUAUUCGGACCAAGCCAUUUCCAGGGCCGUGUCCAGAGUUCGACUUGUCGGCUGUGCUGGGCAUAGCCUUUGGAGGCUUCCUCAUUGGAGUUCUGCUGAUUGGUGCACUGUGGUACAUUAAAGUUCGUACAGGACGUCCUGUGUCUCUGGCUAUGGGAUCAACAGCAGCCCAUCUCACAGGGUGUCAGUGUUGCCUAACCAAGCGCCAGCCGGUGCCGACCAACCCGUCCCCCUCUGAGAACAGCAGUGCCAACGCCAGCAUUGGCAGCACCCAGAGCACGCCCACCAGCAGUAUGGCAUGAGCACCUCCUACCCCUCCUCCUCCUCCUCCUCCUCCUCCUGGGCUCCCCACAGCACCUCCUCCUCCUCUUCCUCUUGUGUCUCCCUGGAGAGCCACGUGCGCCUCGUUCCCAGUCCUUCAGUCCUCCUCAUCUACGGCUCUCCACAGUGCCUCCUCCUCCUCCUCCUGCCCCUCCUCCUCCUCCUCCUCCAUCUGUGUCUCUUCUCCUCUCCCCCUUGGGUCCUAAGAGCCCACUCCCCAGACCUCCAGCUCUCCUCUCCACCUGAGGCCAUGGGCUCCUUCCCUCCGUGUCUCUCCACAGGACUUCCUCCUCCUCCUGUCUUCCUGGAGCUAUAUGCACCUCCUCUCUUGCGCUACGGCUCUCCUUAUCCCCCCACCCCAUCCC